UCUGGGAGCAGCCCUCAAAAACGCAGUGGCCAGCGAUCGACACGGUCUUGCCUUGCAUUGGUUUACGUAUCGAGUCGCAGCGCUGCGCGAUUUGUAGUGGAAAAGAGGCACUCCUUCACGCCUGGGAGAGCUUGGGGAAAUUGCGAAGGGCAGCCCUUUUUGGCGUCCGUGAGCUUCGAGAUCAUGCAUCAGUUUGGUGAAUGCCAUCGUCAUGCACCAGCCGGCAUUACGCGCAGCGAUGCGCGCCCUUCCGCCGCUUUUGUGGUCGCGUUCGGCAUGGGCCGUGCCUCGCGGCGCAGAAGAAGCGGCGCGCGCGGCCUCAACGGCGCCGCUGUGGGGGUUACAUGUACUGACGUGCUGAACGCGUCCUCGGCAUUCGUCGCGUUGCGGCGAUGACUUGUAGCAGUACUUGGCGGCGCCUGCGCCCCCUCAAUCUCCGACUCCUGGUCCCACGAUCAGGGCGUGUUCGUCGCCCUGGGCGAUGUCGAUGGUCCCGACGUUGAGCCGACGUCUGGGUCCCAUCACGCCACACGGUAGCGUUGAGGCGGCCGCGAGCGCACCGAGCGCGUCGACGAAAGGCCAUCGCCGGCGCGGCGACGAUACCCCCACGCCGUUGGCGUCCCUGGGCCGGGUUCGCGGCGCUGCGACGGCGCCUCGGGGCACGUCUCGCCGGGCUGCGUGCCGUCGCGAUCGGGGGCUGUCCCCGGUAACCUAAGUUUUAACGCGG